GUAGAUCUUAUGUGGAAUGGGUAGAUCAUUUUUGAUAUGGGAUUACGUGUUAGAAUGGCGAUAUCAAGGAUAUUCCUCUCUCUCUCUCUCUCUCUCUCUCUCUCUCUGUCUCUCUCUCUCUCUGUCUCUCUCUCUUAUCUACAUAUUACGCAUUAUCAUCAUAUGUAGGUGACCUUUUACUGGAUCAUUCCCACGUUUUUUUUUUAGACUCGUCCGAUCUUUUUUUUUCAUUUUUAUUUGAUACAGCAACAGUGUCUUUGAUGUACUCGUCCGAUCUUUUUUUCAUCUUUGUUUGAUUCAGCAACAGUGUCUUUGAUAUCAUAAUCCCCCCUUUCAUCCUUUAUUGUACUGGACUCGUCUUUUAUAGUACUUUUUUUGGACUAUUCAACUUCUGUACCCCGUGAGACAUUUUUUUCUCACUUUUCAACAUGGCAGCAAGAGAAGUGACAGUGUUCUUGUUAUGUAUAUUAGUGGUAGGGAUAAGUGCGGAGUCUUGCAGAAGUGCAACUGUUUGUUGCACACCUGAUUUUCAUCAGUGCAAGGGAGAAUGCAGUUGCAUUAUUUUCUCCUAUAAGUCAAUCCAAAGGCGUGUCCUUCACGUGGAGUUCUUUGCGGGUACACAUCGCAUUUUGUACGACAGCGAGGAAAUGACAAUAAUUGACAACGGUAUUUUCCAUCCCAGGCGAGUUGAUAAUGGCCAGACCCCCUCCUCCUCCUCCCAGUUUAAGACAACACAAGCGGCGACAACGAGUGAGCAGGGUGGAACUUCAGAGUGGGUCACCCCAUCGGCCUCCCCUCGCCCCCUGAGUACCGGACAAACGUUUACGAGUGAGCAGGGCGGCACCUCUGAAUCAGUGAUCACUCCAUCGGCCUCCCCUCGCCCCCUGAGUACUGGACAAACGACAACGAGUGAGCAGAGCGACACGCCAUAUACGGUCACCCCAUCAGCCUCCCCCCUGAGUACUGGACAAAUGCUUACGAGUGAGCAGGGCGGCACUUCAAAAUUAGACACCUCAUCUGCCUCCCCCCGCCCCCUAAGUACUGAAAAAAUGCUUACGAGUGAGCAGGGCGGUACCUUAAAAUUGGUCACCCCAUCUGCCUCCCCCCGCCCUCUGGGUACCGGACAAACGACAACGAGUGAGCAGGGCGACACACCAGAAUUGGUCACCCCAUCUGCCUCUCAUUCAUCUACAGGACAAAGUUAUGGAACACAAACAACACAUGUAUUUGUCAACACCAGUUCUCUGGCGUAUACAAAAAACAGCACUGAACAAAACACAAACUCAACAGUAAUAGCUUUUCCUUUAUAUAUCAAUAGCACCUUAGCUACUUUUACUAGACCUACACAGCAUGGCUUUCUGUAUCUGAGCUUUUUAUCCUUUUUAAUCAUACCUGUUGUAGCCUUUCCUUUAUUCUUUUUAAAACGCUAUAAACGCAUCAGUAAUAAGCAUAAAUUAACUCAAAGCAUAUGUUUAGCUCAUGCAAAUGUUUACAGACAAACAUCAAUUACUUUAUUAAAUGACCAAAAUCCGAUUUAUCGAAAUGAAAAUGAUCCAAAUGAAUCUUCAACAGAUACUUUUUCAUUUCAUUCAUCCAUGUCUUCAAAUAUAUACGAAGAACCGAUAUCAAGUCAAUAGUUUAAAUGUUUCAAUUUGAUAAAACUUUCUAUUGUGCACGCUUUUAUUAUCCAUUAUUGCUUUAUAUCCUUUGUUUACGUCUUGUCUUUGUUUGUGUAGUUGCAUCUAUCGUCCUCGGUGUUACCCUCCCUAUCGGCCUUGCAUUUGUCAUCAUUUUUGUGGUGUAUCGCCGUCGCCGUCACCGCAGCCACCACCUGAUCCCGGCAGACAUUCCGAUAGUAGAGUUGGUUCCCCACUACAUAGACGAGGAGGAGGAGGAGGAGGAAGAAUUAAUUGUCGAGUUCGACAAGUUAGCCUUGGGGGCGGCCAAACGAAGAAGUCCCAGAGACCCAUCCGAUGCAAGUCCUGCGGUCACUAGGGCCCAGGCAAAGUAUAAGAAUUUGUAAUUUUUUUUUUUUGUGGGGUGUGUGUCUUCUUUUAUUUUUUCGUUUCAUGUGUAUUUUGUAGAACAAAACUAAGGAUUUUUUCAUAUUCUUUUCUACAUUCCUGAAUACAUCUUUUUACAUUAUUCCCCAUAUCUUCGCAAAUUACAUGUUUAGUUGAAAAUUUACACUGUAUCGCUUUUUUUUUAAAGCUUUUUUUUUUUUCUUUUCAUUUGUAUUUUGUGAAGCAAAACUCAGGAUUUUUUCAUAUUCUUAUACAUUCCUGAAUACAUCUUUUUACAUUAUCCCAUAUCUUCGUUAAUUACAUGUUUAGUUGAAAAUUUACACUGUAUCACUUUUUUUUAAGGAUAUGCGAUCCUCAGCCAUAAAGUAUAAUUCUUUUCAUUUAUUACAAGUUUGAACAAUUGCUUUGGGUAAAUUUACAUUACAUUUAAGAAUUCAGGUACAUUUUUGUGAUCAUUUUUCAAUUAUUUAAUGUCUGGAUUUUAAAUCCUGUGGAUCGUACGACUAUAUAUUUAAGAAUUGUCACGUUCUUUACCAAUGUAUUAAUAGUUAGGAA